AUGAAGGCCUUUAUUGCCUUGUUUUGCUCACUCCUUCUGAAAUAUUCUUACAGACGACAUGGAAAGGACAACUACUUCAGUUGCACAUAUGUUCUUCCUGAUGGUGUCACACACACAAAGGGUUUUGUAAAAGAUCCAGGUGAGGCAAAUGGAUACCUUGCUUUUACAGAUGGAGUCCUACCUCCGCAACCUGAAAGAAAAGAGGACAUGGAUCAGCUAGAAGUUAGAGAAAAGCCCGAGGACAGAAGAAAAAUUGAUUUAACACAAACUGAGUUUACUUUGACAAAUGAGCGCUUCCUUGUCCCAGAGAUGAUCUUUCGUCCUGCUGAUUUGGGAAUGAAUCAAGCUGGACUAGCAGAGUGCAUUGUUAAAGCUAUCAAUUCUUGCCAUCCUCAUCUUCACCCUGUACUCUAUGAAAGCAUUAUAUUGACUGGUGAAAGCACACUUUUUCCUCGAUUUGCUGAAAGAUUAGAAAGGGAUCUCCGACCUCUUGUACCUGAUAUAUACCAAGUGAAGAUAACUACUCAAGAAGAUCCUAUUUUAGGUGUUUAG